UGCAAGAAAGAGAUGGAGAUCUUCAGAGCUUGUUGGAAGAAACACCAUAACGAUGAGAGGACAUCUACCAAAGAUGCAUGACCGCAGUCACAUCAUGAAAGGAAGGGGAAAGGAAAGCAAAGGAACAAGCAUUUUAUGUAAAACCAAGAUACGCAACACUUAAAAAGUCUCAAUGAGCUAUUAAUAUCACACUAAUCCCUCUCUAAACUCACUUGGAAGUUCCUCCAGUAAGCUCUCCAUCAAAAAGUGUGGAAGGAACUGUGACGCUAUCGCGCUAGCUGUCUGUUGGAAAUCUCCGCGAUUAUUGAUAGACCUAUCGAUAAGCCCUCGGCACCCGGGACCGCAGCCGAAGGGGCGAUCCUGGACUGGCUGAACUACGCGCAUGCAACGUCUAAAAUUUUCUACCUCUAUACUUCCACUAUACUACUACCCACACUUACAUAAUACUAUAACAUCACGACAUCUACACGACCACGGCAACAAUGGCAUCACGAACGUUAACGCCGUUGCGAGCGGUAUCUAGACGGCUGCAAUCACCAGCUAACGUCCAGAGUUUGUCUCAUCUACCCCGCCAAACCUUCAUCAGCGCUUCCAAAGCGAAGCCGUACUCCGUACCCCCCCGAUCAACAUCCCCCUCAACGGCCUCAAAAGCCACACCCCCAACCUCAACCACCUCCACCUCCACCUCCACCUACAAACCAACGCCCACACAGGGCUCAACUUCCACGUCCACACCCGCGCGUACCCCCGUCCCAGCCGUCUCCGGCGUCCCCCUGCCCGACGCCCCCUCCGCGACCUUCGAGCCGACCUCGACCGACAACGACGGCAACAGCAGCGGCAGCGGCGGCUCGCCGAUCGACUGGACGCAGUCGUACCACGGCCUCGGCACGUCCUCGUUCGGGCCCGAGGUCGCCGCGGUCCUGCAGGCGCGGCUGGACCCGGACGACAUCGAGGUCAAGCCCGACGGCAUCAUCUACCUGCCCGAGAUCAAGUACCGGCGGAUCCUGAACGCGGCGUUCGGGCCGGGAGGCUGGGGGCUGGCCCCGCGCGGGCAGCUCAUGGUGCAUGAGAAGCUUGUUACGCGGGAGUACGCGCUUGUUGUGCAUGGGCGAUUCGUGGCACAGGCCCGAGGCGAGCAGCAGUAUUUCAACGAGGAGGGCGUGUCGACGGCGGCCGAAGGGUGCAAGUCGAACGCGCUGAUGCGGUGUUGCAAGGACCUGGGCAUCGCGUCGGAGCUGUGGGACCCGCGCUUCAUCCGCAAGUUCAUGAAGGAGCACGCCAUGCAGCAGUGGGUCGAGCACGUCACGACCAAGAAGAAGAAGCAGAUCUGGCUGCGCAAGGACGACGAGGUCCGCUACCCGUUCAAGAAGUCAUAGGCUUGGGGGCAGGGGAAAAGGUUCGCUGCGGGGUGAGAAUUGGGGCUUGGUGAUGUCAUUUAAUGAAUAGGGGCGUUGUACGAUAGGGAGAUACCCCGAAGAUUUCUAUUAGACGCUGUCUAUACAAACAAAUGUCACGUACGAAAGAAUUGACUAGGAUAGACGGGGAGGCAGAGAACAUAAUGAUAC